AUGUCCCAGCUCACAGCGUUUCUAAUCGAUGUGGCCGCGGGCAACAGCCCGCUGGCAACCCGCGAGACAACCACCCAAUGCCUCUCCUACCUCGAAUAUACCCUUCUCAACAAGGCCCAUGCCCAAAGAAAGACAGACUACGUCCAGGUAGCACUCGCAAACCUCAGCUCAAACGACCCAGACCGCGACCCCGCGCUGCCCGUGAACAUGGCGAUGCUCGCGGGCCCACAACCAAGGCCAUUGAUAAGCGUCAAGGAUGUUGGAGAGUGGGUGGGGAGGGUGUCCCGACAUUUGGAGAGGCCUAGAAACCCUAGAAACCCCAAGGAUGAGCAAGAUGAGGAGACGGAUGUCUCCUCAUCGCUGUUCAAUGCAUUGUUGGUACUAGUACUCCAACUCAAGGAGUUUGUUGGUAAGCGCAAGAUGCGCGUGCGCAUCGUGGUAUUCACUGGAGACACGUUCCAAGAUGUGUCUAGCGAUGAGCUAGAAACGUUUGACCAGCAGUGUCCGUUUGAGGUGGUACUGGUUUCUCCCUCUGCCUUGCCCUCUGCCUUGCCAAAGGCAGAGACGAAUGAUUCAGGGGCCAAGGCCCUUAGCAAGGCAGUAUCGUUGUCGCACGGCCUCCUCUUCUCUACACAGCAGAUGAUCUCUGCCAUCGCAGAUCCCAGACCGAAACUCGUGCGGCCCGUGCGCAUCUUCGAGGGCCAGCUACGGCUGGGCGACCCCCAGCUGCCCGAAUCGCUCUGCAUCAACGUCGAGGCGUACCCUGGGACGAAGCAGGUGUCGCUGGAGUCGCGGAGGGUGCUGCACAGGGUGGGGGAACAAGGCUUGUACGAGUACAAGCCGGUGAAAUCGGUGGUGGAGUACUAUACUGGGCCCAAUAGUGAUGACACUGGGGCCACUAUCUCUAGCCAAUACGUUUCCAAAGCCCACCGGUACGGCAGCGAUUAUGUCUCCCUCCCUCAGAUGCUCGAAGAGAAACGCCAGUUCCAUGCUUCCCCAGGUAUCGAUAUCAGAGGGUUUCUCGACAUGGACAAGCUCGAAAGGCGGUACUUGUGUUCGGAGAGCGUGUACGUGGUGGCGGGAAGUACCAGCAGGGCCGAUUACGUUGGGUUCUGCUCGCUAGUGGAUGCGUUGGCGAAGCAGCGACGCACGGUUCUGGCGCGAUGGGUGCCCAAGUCGGGCAGCGAGGCGCAGAUGUGCGUGUUAGCGCCGGCUAGGGGCAGUAAUGGGGAGCGUGUGCUUGUGAUGAGCCGGCUGGCGAUGGCUGAGGAGGAGAGGGGCUUUAGUGGGGCAGCAGCCUCCUCAGAGGCUGCUGCCUCUGACGAGGCUGCAGGCUCGGACUUGCUCAUGGAGCGGUUUGUGGAGGGCAUGACGAUGCAAGGGGGCUCUAGCUCUAGCCCUGGCUCUAGCCCUGGGCCUGGAAUCAUCCAGAGGUAUGCCGAUAUGGCUGUAGACACCGGAGUUCCGCUCCCAAUGGACCAAACGUCGGGCAAGUCUGGACAAAAGUCUGGAGGCCAAAACCCUGGCCAGGGUUUUGACCUCCCCCCAGCCAUCCCACUGCACCUCCAGCGCUGGGCCAUCUUACACAAGGUACACACCAACUACAUAUCUCAAUACCUGGGGCUUGCCCCAGGCAUUGAGCCAGGCCUCGAGCCAGGCUCUGACAGCACCCUUUUGUCCCAUAGGACCCCUCCGAUGAGCCCAGCCGUCACACGCACGUUCACGCCGCACCACGGCCCGCUCGAGCUCUCGCACCAGCUCAAGUCGCACCUGGGCGUCGAGAAGCAGCCCGAACGGCGCCCCACGGAGUCCCCAGACACUCCAUCCACUCCCCAAGACCCAGAACUGCUCGAUCUAGAGGCCUUGUUGGGCGGGGCCUAG